UAUAUAUACAUACACAUACACCUUACAUAAGUUCCAAUAUCCGACACUUUCGUGCUACGUAUUUAAACUACUUGAUUUAAAAAUGAGUUCAAAUAAAAUUGAAUCGUACGAUGUUUCUCAAAAAAUGCGAGAAAUAAUAGAAUGGAAAGAUGCAAGGAAAAAGGCUUUACGUGAAAGAUAUUUAAGAGAAAUUCAUCGUCCAACGAAGCAAAAGCUCGUCAUCGAUGAUGCAGUUCAUAGAUAUAACAUUUUGAAACUUACCCAAGAGUAUCACACACAAGUUUCCAGUAAAGCUUUUAUGGUGUGGGGAUUGGCUGUGUUAGGUCUAGUUGGAUUUGCAGGAUUAUUUGUAAAAGAGAAGUCACGGCAAGAACGUCUUAUUCGUACCGGUCAAGUAAGUUAUGCCGAUAGACAGUUUAAAUUUACAUAAGUUUAUAAUUUGAUAGUGCAUUUGUAACCAUAGAAUUCGAACGUUUAAAUCUUUAUUUGUCAUUCGAUAUACGUCUAUGUGCUGUAAUAUAAGUCAAAAUACAUUAAAUAAAACAAGUAAACAUAACGCAUAAAGCACAAUAAACGUAAUUAGCUAGUGAAUAAAUACGAAUAGCGUAAUAUAUAUUUAAA